CCACUACUGGUGCUGGAGCAGGCGCUGCAGCUGGUGCUAAUGGUUGAUAAGCUUUUCCCGGGCCGAAGUUGAAAACCUAGUCCCGUGGGUUCACUGGUGUUGCAAUUACUACGCCAUUGAGUCAUGCAUGUGGACCGUCGUCUCAAAUACCAUGUCUUCCACUGACAAUUCCCCGUUCUCUUUGUUCUACAUUAUUGUAACAUCUUAGCUUUCGCAAACACAAUGGCCGACCAAUUCAGCACUCCGCUUGAGCUGCCACUGAGUGAAGAAACACUCGAGGCUAUCAACGCCCACCUCUCCCAGCUUUCUCCACAAGACAUCCUUGCAUGGGCACUCACGCACCUCCCUGCCCUAUACCAGACCACAGCUUUUGGUCUCACUGGGCUCGUCGCCCUCGAUAUGCUUUCCAAGUCUGGUCACCCAAUCCCGAAACUUAUUUUUCUGGAUACGCUGUACCACUUUGCGGAAACGUAUGAGCUCGUGCAGCAGGUGCGGGAACGUUAUGCUGUCGAUAUAAAGGUAUACAAGCCCGAGGGAUGCAAUACUGUUGGAGAUUUUGAAAAGAAACACGGCGAAGAAUUGUGGGAGAAAGACGAUGACACAUACGAUUUUGCGGUCAAGGUCGAACCCGCCCAGCGUGCAUACCAGGAACUUGGCGUGCGCAGCGUUAUCACGGGCCGGCGUAGAUCUCAGGGCGGCGAUCGUGCUUUGCUCCGACCGCUUGAGAUUGAUGAAACAGGACUCCUCAAGCUGAAUCCACUCUUUUCGUGGUCUUUCGUGCAGGUUGAUGCGUACAUCCGCGAGAACAAUGUUCCAAGGAAUCGACUGCUCGAUCAGGGGUAUCGCAGUGUCGGUGACUGGCAUAGCACGCAACCCAGUCGCGAGGGCGAUACUGGCGAGCGUGCUGGGAGAUGGGCAAAUAAGGAGGGAAAGACUGAAUGUGGUCUCCAUAAGAACUUCUUUGAGAUGAAGCUGAGGGCAAAGGUUCGCUGAUCUUUGGGUGAUUUGGAUGUUUUACUGAUCUAAUGAUAUUAGGUCGAAGAGCAAACCAUACCAGCAGAAGAAGUAACAACCGCUUCAGAGGUAGCUACUCCUCCUGCGUAAUUAAUUUAAUGUUGUAACAAUGCUGAGGAGUCUUGAAUAUGUAUCGUUGUCCAUUUCUCCAUUUAAGCGCUGGUCUAAGGGUUUGAACAUUCUCUUGGCUGUGCAACGUCUUGUGACCAGAGCGGU